CACACCACCGCUGGCUUCUCUUAUAUAUACAUCAAACCAAACGCCAAAAGCAUCACACGCAUCCAACACGUACAGGUACCUUGAUCUAGCUCUCCAACUUGUAGCUGCAAGAAGCUACGCGUAGCAAGCUCGAUCGCCCGGUGACCAUGGCCAAAGCGGCCGUGCUCCUGCUCCUCGCCAUCGUGCCCCUCCUCUCUCUGCUGCUGCCCUUCCCCUCCCUCGCCCUGAACCAGGACUUCUGCGUCGCCGACCUGCCCCGCGGCGACACGCCGGGCGGCUACCCGUGCAAGCCCCAGAGCGCCAUCACCGCCGACGACUUCUACUACCGCGGCCUGGCCGCCACCGGACCGACCAUCAACCCCUUCAACAUCGGCCUGUCCUCGGCCUUCGUCACCCGGUUCCCCGGCGUGAACGGGCUCGGCGUCUCCGCCGCGCGCGUCGACUUCGCCCCGGGCGGCGUCGUGCCGCUGCACUCGCACCCGGGCGGCAGCGAGCUCCUCUUCGUCGUCGAGGGCACCAUGGCCGCCGGCUUCAUCACCUCCCUGACGAACAAGGUGUUCGCCAAGACGCUGCACAAGGGCGACCUCAUGGUGUUCCCGCAGGGCCUGCUGCACUUCCAGUACAACCUCGGCAACGACACGGCGGUGGCGCUCUCCUCCUACAGCAGCGCCAACCCCGGCCUGAUGAUCCUGGACUUCGCGCUCUUCGCCAACGACCUGCCGUCGGACGUCGUGAGCAAGGUCACCGUCGUGGAUGAGCUGGAGGUCAGGAAGCUCAAGGCGCUGUUCGGCGGCAGCGGCUGAGCUAGGCGGAGCCGCCAUUUUCGUUUCGACAUCGGUCAGCAGGGUUCGGUGAGCUUGAAUUGGUCGUACGUGGUUGUGGUGUGAGAAUAAGUUGCACGCAUGUGCACCUGCCAUUUUCACGCAAGUGGUGCUUCUCAAUGUAAACCAAGUUGGUGCUAGAAUGAUUAUCCUAUAUGAAAUGGUGCAAUAGCA